AUGUACGUGCAUGGUUUCCCCUGUGCCUCGGAACGGGCAAACAUUCUAACUCUUUGGCGCUUUGGUGGGACAGUGUAUGCCAAGAACCCGCAUGCGGAGAUCGUCUCCGAGUUGGGAUAUCUCGGCGGCUACCCAAUGCUCGUUUCCCGCUCUCCUGAAGUUGCGAAACAGAUUCUAGGGGUUAAGACCGACUUCGAGAAGGACAAGAUGGUGCUGAACAGUGUUUCGCCGUUUGGGCCAAACGUUUUCGCUACGAAUAUUCAGGAUUGGCCCAGGCACAGGAAGGUCCUCCAGCCAGGAUUCACCACCCGAUUGUAUCAGGCGGUCUGGAAGGAGACGAUCAACACCUACUAUGACUUUAUGGCUGUUGAGAAGUGGGAGAAGGAACCAUCAUUCAUUAUGCCCGAUGUCCCGGCAAUCACUUCCAAGUUCGCGUUGUUACUUAUCGCCAAAUGCGGGUUUGGCACCAACCUCGCUUGGAACGAAGAAAUCGGCGUAAAGAUUACGAGCACUUCGGUGUUCAUCCUCGCGAUGCUACCGAGAUGGCUCUUCGAUCUUCCUCUAAAACCGCUUCGUCGUCUGCGGACGGCUCGGCGGUCAUUGGAGGUUAUUCUCCGCCGCCUAAUGGACAUACGCCGUGCUGAAGGACUGGACAACGACAUGAAUCACGACGUCUUCUCUCUUCUGCUCAAGGCGAAUGAUGCAGAGAAGGGAAGCAAGGACCAUCUGACUGACCAGGAGGUAGUCAGCAACGUCUUCCUCCUCCUCCUAGCCGGCCAUGAAACCACCAGCCGUUCUGUCGCGUCCACACUCGGUCUGCUGGCCUGUCAUCCAGAAGAGCAAGAGAAAGCAUACCAGGAGAUCGAGUCCGUGGUCGGACAGAAUCAAGAUCCGGACUUUGAGGACUUUGACCGUUUCGCAUUUGUGCAGGGCUGCUUCUUCGAGGGGCUGAGGAUGUUCCCCAGUUCUCCCGCACUUUUUCGCAUGGCUAUGCGAGACACCGUGCUCUCCGUACCUAAAUACGAUGGAAAUACCGAACACGUAGCAGUCAAGGCAGGACAAUUCGUCUGGGUUGACUGGAUCGGUAUCGGAUACAACGCUCGUGUGUAUCCGUCGCCGUACAACUUCAUUCCAGCACGCUGGCUUGAUCCCAAUACGGAGACUCUGUUUAACUUCUCGUAUGGACCCAGAGUUUGCAUCGGCAAAAAGUUUGCGAUCACAGAGGCUGUCGGCGUUCUCACACUGAUCCUGCGUGAUUAUCGCAUUGAGCCGGUGCUGAAAGAGGGCCAGACCAGUCGUGAAUGGGAGGAGGAGUGGCUAGAAAGGGGACAAGAAGCUGGCGUUGGGUUUGGCCCAAAAGGGUACUCCGUGCAAUUCAUCAGGAGGUCUGCUAUUCAGAUCUAG